AUGUACAAGAUUAAGGUGGCAGAAUCACCUAACAUUCGCAGAAUUCAUUCUAUGCUACGAAACUUCUCAAUGGAAGCUGAUACUAAUUUCCAUACGGAGCAUGCUGAUACUGGAAUGAACAUUUCUAAGGUCAAAUUCUCAUUGGCAACGCUUGGAAUGAUGUCUGUAUUGUCGAUUCUUUUUGCCUUGCUGGCAUUUCUUAAUUUGAUAUCUGUCCAGGGAAGAUCAACUUCAGCUGGUUUAUCUGUGGUGACUUCUGUGAACCUACGUAAUGUCAUGUGUGAAAUAGCCCGUUCAAUAGCGCUAAUUGCAAUUAUCACAUCCAUUUCUGUUUUUCUGCUCUCAACUUUACAAUUUUUUUUUGCUCUUAAAAUGUUAAAAACCAAUCCAUUGGCUGUUAAAAGAGUAUUAUCGUUUCUAAGUGCUGGCCGGUACUUACGUUGCUGCGUUUAUAUUGUCUGGUUUCUUGGCGUACUCUUUUUCAUUGUUGGUAGUGUACUACAGGUAAUGGUACUACCAGAACGAGCUGGUGUCUUUUCUCGCAAUGUCGGUGCGGUGUUUAGUAUCACUUCAACUGCUACUUGUAUCGCUGGUUUAAUUCACUGCAUUUAUGCCUGGUAUUCUAGAAAUACCCAGAAGCAAAAAUAUUAUUAUGAGAAUGGUAAUUUGUCAACUCUUGUUUGA